AUGGUUAAGCUGUGCAUAGUUUUGGUGAUGGUAGCCGCCGUGCUACCUCAGAGCGUUUUUUCGAAAAAACUUUCCUGCAGGAUGGAACCAAACCGAAGCUGCAGCCUUAUUGACAUCAAGCUGUACGCCGAUGAAGUUAUGCAUACUGAAUUUGUCAGCCCGAACCCGUCGACCCUCACCAAGGUGCAGUUCGAGCGCUCCACUUUGGCAGCAAUCUCGCCGGCCAUGUUCCAAACGUUCCCAAAGCUCGACACAGUUAACGCAUCCAACAGCGAAAUCAAGCGAGUAUAUUCGAACACCUUUGCCGAUGCAAGAUCGCUUCUGUCACUGUAUCUGAGAGGCAACAAAAUCAACGAAUUGCCAGCUGAAGCAUUUUUCGGUGCGAAUCGUCUUGAAGUACUGGAUGUUUCGCACAAUGGGAUUUCCACAAUUCACAGUACAGCGUUCAAGCGAUUGCGUAAUUUAAAAACCUUGAAGCUGAACGAAAACAGUAUCACGCAGCUGGAUUCUAACGUGUUUGAUGAUUUGUCCGAGAUGGAAAAUUUAGAGCUGCAGCAGAAUGAUCUGUCAACGAUUGGAGAUCUAGUGUUCAGCGGGUGCCCUUCACUGACGACCCUGAACGUAUCGCACAACGCCCUGAAGACGUUCAGUAUGGCACAGUUCGAGCGUCGUUAUAAUUUCGAUCUGAUCGACGUCAGCCACAAUCAUCUCGAGCUAGUGAAUAUCCCUGCAAGCCUUCGUCAGCUGGUUGCAACCGGAAACGGCAUUCGUACGGUGGAAAGUAAUGCGAUAAACGGGUCGGCACUGAUUCUGCUCAAAAUGCCACAGAACAAAAUGACAAGCGUCGACGAGAUACCACCAUUCGAUAAGCUGAUCACUCUCGAUCUGUCGUAUAACAAAAUUUAUGAGUUUGACUUUAGUUCGAUCAUACGGUUUCCGAAGCUGUUGCUGCUCAAGCUGGAUGGCAAUCAGCUUGAAUCGGUGAGUAAUAGUUUGGAAAAACCGCUGACACACCUGAAGUACGUCCAUCUGGCCGAUAAUCGCUUCGUACAUCUUGACCUGAACGUGAUGCAAGCCGUGCCGCGUGUUUUGAAGCUAGAUCUCCGUCGGAACCAGCUGGAACGGAUCACGGUUACCGAUUUGUCCGAUUCAUUCCCGGUGAUGGUGCGUUUGAUGUUGGAAGGCAAUCGAUUCCGUUGCGAAGACAACAAACAACUGAUAAGAGAGCUGAAGGGUUCCAUCACUGCGUACGCAAUGACACGCAAGGAUUGUCGCAAGAAUGAGAAUCUUAUUGAGGGAAUCUGUUGCUCGUAGGUGCU